AUGAACACUUCGACAGCUACAGUACUCUGUUUGUGCCUUCUAGCUUCCAUGCCAGCAGUCAACGGAUUCUUCAUGCUAUUCCCGCAAGCAAACGACCGUAUUAUGGCAUUGGAACUAGCUGAUCAAGCAGCUGCACAACUUGCGUCGGAAGGAGCCGUCGUGGAUCCGGAGGAGGCAAUGUUGGCAGCAAAGAGAGCUUCUUCAAACAACAGAGGAUCCAUGCGACGACGAUCUGCUGAAAUCUUCUCGUGCCCGUGCCUUCACAAAGUGUGCUCCUACCAUUGCAUGACGAAGAAGUGA